AACGACUGCGGAACGACGCAUAUCCUCUGACGCGUUUGGGAGUUCUGCACCUGCGUUUUGCGAUUUGAGUUCUCCUUGGGAUCCAAAACCUCAGCAAUGCUCUCUCUACCCGCGAUACCUCCUCGAGCGGAUGCAAGUCUCUGGCCCUCCCUCCGCUCCGCACCAAACUACUUCGACGCCUCAAACCCUGACUCAACCUCCCACCCCCACAAUGCUGCCCACCACCGCAGACCAGCCUCCCACCAUGCACACCAUGCCUCUAUAUCCUCCAGAUCAACGCUUGCCCAACUCACAGCCGACGAGAAUAAGCUAGACCGGCGCAUGGAGAACGUGCGCCGCUUCGGCGCGAACUGGAUACGGCCACCUGGUGUAGCGAAGACAUACCAAGCGACCAUGGACGAGCUCGCUGAGCGCGAGGAGCAAGAGAUGCUGGCGAGGCGAGAGCAAGUCAUGAUGGAUCUAGCAGCCGCACAGCAGGACGCUGCGAAUGCGCAGGCGAGAGUUGAAGGCGCAGAGGAGGAGAUGGAGGGCGAGCGGGAUCUUGACGAGGAUGUACCUGAGGCGGAGGCCGAUGAGAGCGACGUCUCUGCUUCUGAGGACAGUCGCAGUGAGGUCGAAGAGGGGGACACGAGUGCCGUGGCAGGGCACACUGGAGACAUAACGUUCAAUGAGGACAGCUUCAUAGAGGGCAGCAUGAUCGCCGGCGAAGUGAACUCCAUGCUCGAGCGGGAAGAGGCGGAGAUGGCAGGCGUACUGCAGGACGAACGGGACCUGGACGACGAUAUACCCGAAGCGGGAAGUUACGAGCAUACCGAUUCGGAGUUGGUCGACUCGAGUUCGGAGGAUGAUGUGAGCCGUGGGCCUGUGCCUAGUUCUGGGAGGCGAAGAUCCGGGAGGCGAAGCUCGGGACGGCGCAGUUCUGGCGUACCGGCUGUACAAGACCCUCGGAGCAGUAUUGGCUUCGAGGGAAGCAGUUCGAUUCUGGAUGGGAGCUCGUUUCUGCGCAGCUCACCGGCGGCUGCGAGGGGUUCUCUGAGGGCGAGGUUUAUGGGCGCGCGUGGUGGAAGAUAGAUGGCUUGAUGGCUGAAUAGUAUUAUACGUACUUAAGCUUAAGAAGCCCAAUCCGCUCC